AUGUCUAGAUUAGAAAGAUUGACCUCAUUAAACGUUGUUGCUGGUUCUGACUUGAGAAGAACCUCCAUCAUUGGUACCAUCGGUCCAAAGACCAACAACCCAGAAACCUUGGUUGCUUUGAGAAAGGCUGGUUUGAACAUUGUCCGUAUGAACUUCUCUCACGGUUCUUACGAAUACCACAAGUCUGUCAUUGACAACGCCAGAAAGUCCGAAGAAUUGUACCCAGGUAGACCAUUGGCCAUUGCUUUGGACACCAAGGGUCCAGAAAUCAGAACUGGUACCACCACCAACGAUGUUGACUACCCAAUCCCACCAAACCACGAAAUGAUCUUCACCACCGAUGACAAGUACGCUAAGGCUUGUGACGACAAGAUCAUGUACGUUGACUACAAGAACAUCACCAAGGUCAUCUCCGCUGGUAGAAUCAUCUACGUUGAUGAUGGUGUUUUGUCUUUCCAAGUUUUGGAAGUCGUUGACGACAAGACUUUGAAGGUCAAGGCUUUGAACGCCGGUAAGAUCUGUUCCCACAAGGGUGUCAACUUACCAGGUACCGAUGUCGAUUUGCCAGCUUUGUCUGAAAAGGACAAGGAAGAUUUGAGAUUCGGUGUCAAGAACGGUGUCCACAUGGUCUUCGCUUCUUUCAUCAGAACCGCCAACGAUGUUUUGACCAUCAGAGAAGUCUUGGGUGAACAAGGUAAGGACGUCAAGAUCAUUGUCAAGAUUGAAAACCAACAAGGUGUUAACAACUUCGACGAAAUCUUGAAGGUCACUGACGGUGUUAUGGUUGCCAGAGGUGACUUGGGUAUUGAAAUCCCAGCCCCAGAAGUCUUGGCUGUCCAAAAGAAAUUGAUUGCUAAGUCUAACUUGGCUGGUAAGCCAGUUAUCUGUGCUACCCAAAUGUUGGAAUCCAUGACUUACAACCCAAGACCAACCAGAGCUGAAGUUUCCGAUGUCGGUAACGCUAUCUUGGAUGGUGCUGACUGUGUUAUGUUGUCUGGUGAAACCGCCAAGGGUAACUACCCAAUCAACGCCGUUACCACUAUGGCUGAAACCGCUGUCAUUGCUGAACAAGCUAUCGCUUACUUGCCAAACUACGAUGACAUGAGAAACUGUACUCCAAAGCCAACCUCCACCACCGAAACCGUCGCUGCCUCCGCUGUCGCUGCUGUUUUCGAACAAAAGGCCAAGGCUAUCAUUGUCUUGUCCACUUCCGGUACCACCCCAAGAUUGGUUUCCAAGUACAGACCAAACUGUCCAAUCAUCUUGGUUACCAGAUGCCCAAGAGCUGCUAGAUUCUCUCACUUGUACAGAGGUGUCUUCCCAUUCGUUUUCGAAAAGGAACCUGUCUCUGACUGGACUGAUGAUGUUGAAGCCCGUAUCAACUUCGGUAUUGAAAAGGCUAAGGAAUUCGGUAUCUUGAAGAAGGGUGACACUUACGUUUCCAUCCAAGGUUUCAAGGCCGGUGCUGGUCACUCCAACACUUUGCAAGUCUCUACCGUUUAA